CAUUUCCGUCAAUUGAACACAAGAAUCACAAAUAACACUCAAUUACAUUACAGAUAUGGAGCUGGUUUUUUACACCUCGAGGGGAUGUCUUCGAUCCGAGGCAGGGCGGCUUUAGUUGUAGCCUCUGUUGGUGUGCCUAUUCUCCACGCUACUGCUCCAAGAGGCCAUGAGUGCAGAUCCAGUGAAAGUGAGCACCACAACCAUGUUCCCCACAAUCCCACGAGACCACACGAACAAGGACUUUCGGGUGUUACUGCGCGUCGAGGCACCACCAAUGGCAGAUCUCAAGGGCCAUGUCCCCAUAGACGUCGUCGAGGUGCUCGAUGUCAGCGGCAGCAUGGGUGAUCCGGCAAUGGCUUCCUCCGACUUCAAGAAGAACAAGCCCCCGUCGAGGCUGGAUGUGCUGAAGGACGCCAUGAAGUUCAUCAUCAGGAAACUUGAAGACGGAGAUCGUCUCUCCAUCGUGGCGUUUAACGAUCGACCUGUCAAAGAAUAUAGCACUGGUUUAUUGGACAUCUCCGGUAAUGGUCGGAGAAUUGCUGAAAAGAAAGUUGACUGGCUCGAGGGCCGCGGAGGCACUGCACUUAUGCCAGCCCUGGAGGAGGCCAUCAGGGUAUUGGAUUGUCGGCCCGGUGACAGCCGGAACCGCGUAGGGUUCAUUCUCCUCCUGACGGACGGCGACGACACGAGCGGGUUCAGGUGGAGCCGUGACGUCAUCAAUGGCGCCGUCGGCAAGUACCCCGUGCACACCUUCGGCUUGGGCGCGGCGCACAGCUCGGAGGCGCUGCUCUACAUCGCGCAAGAAUCGCGCGGCACCUACUCCUUCGUCGACGAUGAGAACAUGGACAAGAUCGCCGGCGCCCUCGCCGUGUGCCUCGGCGGGCUCAAGACCGUCGCCGCUGUCGACACGCGCGUCAGUGUCAGGGUCGCCGAGCUAAGCGGCGCGCGGAUAGAGCGCAUCGACUCCGGCGGCUACGAGAGCCGCGUCGCGUGCGGCGGGGCGUCCGGUGAGGUCGUCGUCGGCGUCCUCUACGCCGGCGAGGUGAAGAGCUUCAUCAUCCAUCUGCACCUGCCUGCUGCGUCGGUGUCAUCUUUGGAGUGCGGCUACUGCGACGCCGCAACCGUCUGUGACCACCACGGCCACCAUUGUCAUCGUCGUCACGAGCAGCGGCUGCUCGACGUCGGCUACUCCUACCGCCGCGCCCCGGAUGCCGCAGCGAUAUCCAUCGUUGGGCGUGGUGUGUUCGUCCAAAGGCCGGAGGAGGUAGUUGACGCCGAGGGAGCUGAGGUAGCCGUGCUCCUCCUCUCGACGUCGUCCAUGGUGCUGCAACACAUCGUCCGGUUCGAGCUGCUGGAGAUCGUGGCCGGCUUCGUCGAGAGCGAGAUCAUCAUCUUGGAGAAGAAAACGACGACGACGACGACGGAGCAGCUGCAGCGUAAGUGGGAGGAGGUCCGGCGAGCCUGGCAGGUCUUGGGCGUCGUCGAGCUGGACGGCAUGGAGAAGGAGGUGGACGCCAUGGUGAGCAGCCUGAGCAGGGGACUGGCCUACGUCAGCUCGUGGGUGUCGAGCCACCAGAUGCAGCGCGCCACCGCCAUGGGCUCGCCGGAGAAGGUGGCGGCGGAGUUCAUGACGCCGGCGAUGGUGAGCAUGGUGGAGGAGGCGCGGAGGCUGCUGCCGCCGACAGCGGCGAAGAAGAACCCCGGGUUCGGGUGCGACGAUGAUGUGCAGGACAUGAUCGGGCAGCGGCUGGAGCUGUGGUCGAAGGUGAGGCGGGAGGUGCCGCUGAUGUACGAGGCGUCGGCGUCGGCGGAGGAGGAGGAGCAGCAGCAGGUGACCGCCGUGUUCCGGGAGGCGUCGCUGGAGGCCAUCGACCGCGCCAUGCACCGCGACGUGUACCUGGCCGUGGUGCACGCGAGCAACCGGAAGCGAUGCGACGGCCACCGCGAUCCGGCGACGGGGAAGUAG